AACCCGCCGACAGUGCAUGUUGCCAUUCAGAACAAAAACACCGCGACGCCGCUCACGUUGCUCACAUGGGACACGCCAAUCGAUCCUUCAGCUCUCAACACCGGCGUCUUGUCUCUCAGCGACACCAGCACUGGAGAAGCAAUCCCUGGCCCAGAGCUGAAGUUGAAUCGAUUACGACCUCCACCUCGCGAUGCCCUAGUUACUAUCGCGCCAGGUGAUAUGGUCGAGAAAGAGGUCGAGCUUGUGGCGCCUUGGAUACCACGCGACGGUCGAUCGAUCACAGUCCGUGCGCAAGGCUCGUGGCGCGCGAUAUGGCCGAAGGGGAAAGAGGAUGUUAGCGAUGAAGAGCUG